AUGUCGGGUCAAUCAAAAACCGAUAAAAAUGGGUGGAUAACAGGUAACAUUUUGUCCAAGCAUCCUGAGCGCAGCGAAAUCCACCCCGCUCGACCGGCCUAUGCUGAACGGCUUACCCAUGUUUCCAUUUUCAACUAUCCGUUUCAUUACGUCGAGGGAAAGAUAUGUCGCAAUCUAGUUAUAGAUUACAACCCUGAGUAUCCCGGAUCACACCGUGGUCCUCCCUGUGGAUCGAAUCUGACGAGGAGAUCACGCGUCAUCAUCCUGUCCUUUCGUGUAACACGUCGAAACUCGUUUUAUAGCGGCGAGUUAACUCAGUCAAACUCUGGGUCUCGCCCUUCCGUAGCAUGCUAUAAGCAGACGGACUCGGAAUCGGAAACAUUGCAAAAGCGGAUCAAUAUCUUUUUCAACUCCCACUGUUUAUCUUCGCCACAAACGCGUCAACAAGUCGUCUUUGCAUGUGAUACAUGGGUAUCAAUCCAAUAG